AUGGCCGCCAACUUUAUCAACGGUCUCUUUGGAGCCUCCAAGUCGUCCUCUGCAUCCGCAGUUCCUAGCGGAGACGCCGAUUUCGCAGACUUCGCCGGUGCUCCUGAUCCGUCGCCUACGCCUAGCGCUUUCACUGCUGCCCCCGGCGGCGCGAUUCUUGGCGGCGGCGCGCCCCAGGCCACGGCCGUUCCCUACACGAAGUGGUACAACAUCCACGAGCGUCACUCGCUCAGCGAGUUCAAGCUCGAGGGUGCCAUUCUCGCCAUUAGCGCUGUCAUCUUCCUUCUGCACAUCAUCGGCGCGCGUCUCAAUCGCAAGAAGGCCACGGCCUGGGCCGUUGCUCACGCGCCGACGCUCAAGUCCGAGUUCGCCUCGGUCGGCUUCUCCCCGCGUUCGACCACCGACACCGACCCCAAGGAUGCCGGCGGCGUGCUGCGCGAGAAGUCGCUCUUCGAGUUCGCCAGCUACGCCACCGGUCGCCAGAAUGUCGCGUUCGUCGACGUCAAGCUGACGCUGACCAAGCGCUUCAACCCGGCCUUGAGAAUCGUCGAGACCGUCUCCAGCUUCUUCAUGGACACCAUCGAGGCCCCCCACGACUCCGUCGAGGCUACCAUCUACCCCUUUGACGGCAAGGAAAACCUCACUGUUCCCUCCAUCCCCGGUACCCACGAACUGCGCAGCAAGGAUAACAAGAGCACCUACGAUAACUUUGUCUGGGCGAUCGUCUCCAAGGACCGCAUGAAGCAGGUUCGCGACGACCGUUACGACGUCUCCAUCACCUUCACCAAGGACCACGCCAAGCUCCCCAACUGGGUCACUGUCAUGAGCGAGAGCGCCGAGAUCACGGAGCAGCUGUUGACGCCCGAGCUCAUCAAGGCCGUCGAGUCUGCCGGCGAUGCCUUUGACUACCUCAUUGUCUCCGACCAGCCCACUGACCGCCCCACUACCCUGGAGGAGACCACCCCUCGCAAGCGCAUCUACCUUCGCUACCGCAUCCCCUCCAGCAACAACUACGACGCCCUGCUGCCCAUCUUUGAGUACUUCGUCCGCGCGCCUGACGCUCUCGUUUCCGGCGCCCACUUCCGCCCCGAGGUCCUGCGCAAGGUGCGCAGCGUGCGCGAGGAGACCAUUGCCCAGCUCAAGAAGGCUGCCGACGCCGAGAAGGCCGAGGAGCGUGCGCUCGAGCGCGAGAAGCAGAAGAAGGCUAAGCGCGACGCCGAGUUGAGCGCUCUCGACGCCAAGGCGCAGAAGAAGUAUCUCGAGAGGGAGCGCGAGCGCGACCUGAAGAAGAGCAUGAAGAAGCAGACCAUGCGCGGUUAG